ACAUCAGAAUUUCUGGCGGUGAAUCAACAGAAAAUAGGCUGCCACUGGUGAGAGUGUGAUGUUGUCAUGGGCUUCAUCUGUGCUGGUUCAUUAUUGCAACCGCUAGCUACUACUAGUACUACUACUAGUACGUAGUACUGCUAGGGCCUACUUACUACUGAGUUACAGCGUAACCAUCUGAGUGUCAGCAGUCAGUGUUUUUAGUAGUUGUACCACUAUUCCUGCCUACGUAGUAUUUUAGUAAUACAAAAACACCUUUAAAAACACCAACCAGCAGUGCCGAUUUCACAGUGAGACGAUGUCAUCAAAAAAGGAGAGAAACAAAGAAGACACAUGGAAAGCAGAUGAGCUCGGGAAGUCAAUCAAGGAUGCAUUGUUGGAUACCCCAGAAAGGAAACACAGGAGUUCAACGAAAAGAAAGUCAAAGGAGACUCAUAAAAAAGCAGACGCCAAAGAUGACUUUCAUACGAAAGAUAUGCAUUUGAUAGAUGAUAAAGCACAGAGACUGCUCAAUCAAAAUGAUGGAGCCCCUGCAAGUCUGCAUAAAUCUAGAAGUAAUAAAAAGGAUGUUCGAAAUCAGCCACAGGACACAGACAAACCUGACAGGCCUCAUCAAAAAGAAAGGAGGAGAUCUAGAAGAAAAGAUUCCAUGGAAACAGAAUUUGAUGACAAAAAAGCAGGAAAACCACGUAAUCAGAAAAAUCAGGAAAAGGGACAGAUCAAUAGUGACAGACCAGGAACGCAAACAGACUACGAAGACCACAAACAGAUCCAGAAACAAAUCAAAGACAUACCAAGAAGUUUUGAGAAAGAGCAACCAUCGGAACAGGAUGUUCAGAUUUUGAUGAAAGGAAAAGACAUGGACCUUCUAUCGGAUAGCCAGAACCCUGAGGACAACUAUGAUGAUGACUUUGAGGACUUUGAUGAUAAUGAUUCUGAAGAUGUGAAUCAUGACAUUGACUACAAAAACAAGAAAGAUGAGGAAUUGUCUGAGGUAGCAGCCUUGAGAAGGGCUAUGGAAAAAGAAAACAAUGCCAUAUUACGUCAAAGCUGGGAAGUGACAUCUGCCUCAUCGAAGUCAAGUGUACCAUCAAGCAGACCUGCCAAAACUAAGUCAAGACAGACAUUCAUCAACUUCACUACAGCUAGACAGAGGCAGAUUAACUCAAAACUAUCUAAGAAGACAAUGCAGCGUGGCUUUGAGCUUAUGAAUCUCAUUGAAUUGGAUGUCUCUGCUUUCAGUCUUUUGGAAAUGACUCCAGUGAAAGUGUAUGAGCUGUAUAUUAAAGCUUAUGGACGGUCAAACACUAAACAAGCUUUUGUUCAGUGUCAUGAUGAUGUAUUGGAUCGAGAGAUUCAGAGUGAGGCUAUUGAGACAACAGAUGUAUGGACUCAGUACCCAAGUGUAGGAACUUCCACAGUUAAUGAAUACCCUGAAGACUUUGCAGAACAUGAUGAUGAUAAUGCUCUAUUAAAAGUCCAUUCACUCAGACUUGCUCAGUUCAUAGAAAAUGCUGGUCAGGUGAUGAAUGCUAUCAUUGAGGAAACUGCCAGUGAUUACAACAAGAGUGAUAUUACAAUGAAUCAGCGUAGUAUUCUAUUCAGUCAGGGCUACAACCGACUUCAGUCAGAUUUACCCUUUCUCAGAGGUCGCCAUGUGACACAUGCUCAGUUCCACCCAGUUCAGACCAAUCUGUUAAUGACAGUGUAUUCCAUGCCAAAUAUGCUUGAUGAAACUUUCUCUGAUCAAACAAUUGUUUGUGUUUGGAAUGUCCAGGAUUCAUACAAACCAUUUCGAAUCUUGACAUGUAAGUCUGAGGUGAAGACCUGCUGCUUUAGCCCUAUCAAAACAGCAUUUGCAUUUGCAGGAACAGCAGAUGGAGCUAUCUUAAUUUGGGAUUUACGUGAGCCAUCUAGUAUGCAUCAUAGGAUCCAAAAUGAUGGCAUUCAGUUGUGUGUACGAGUACCAACUUACAGUACUAAUGGAGUGCAUAAAGAUGAGGGGCACCAGUGUGCAGUGGUCACAGUGCAACCAUUGACAACAUCUGAUGAUAGUCUAAAAGCAUCCGCUCGCAAUGCAGAUUCAGCCAAAUACAGUGAAGACAUGCGUGGACUUUCUUUCCAGUUGGCCUCUUUGGAUGAACAGGGUGUGAUUCAGUUUUGGGUUGUGAUUGAAUUGGAUCAAACUGAUAGUGCAGGUUCAUCAACAGAUCUUGGUCUGGUUCCAAGUGGUAAAGUAAAACUCAUCAAAAGUUCAGCGAUUGUUUUGGACAAAUACAACAGGAAGACAUCAAAAGCAAUCCAAGCCAAGGACAUGAAGUUGGCGCUGAACGAUCCAAGCCAUUUUUAUGUGGCUACAGAUUCGGGGAUUUUGCAUGGAAGUCGUCAUGGUGAUAGAGUUUCUCCAAAAUACCACAGAAGGUCCAUAGCUGCUCCUGUCAACGUGGUCCAAUUGGACUUUUCUCCGUUUGGUUUGCCUUAUUUUCUGGCAGCAAGCACAGAUGGUUGCAUAUGUUUGUACAGCUUGGCAUUCGAGUUACCAUUACUGACUUGGAGUAGCUCUACAGGUGAUUUGCCUGUUGUUUCCAUUUCAUGGUCACGUAGUCGCCCUUCAGUUUUUUAUGUUGUUGAUGUCACAUCAAAGGUCUAUGUGUGGGAGUUAUUGGUUUGUCAGGGAGGACCAGUCAAGACAGAGCAGUUCUCACAUGGCAGGUUGACUUUGAUUGAGCUAUCCAAUGACCACGCAGCUACUGGAAGAGGUAUGCAAGGCUCAAAACCUGCAAUGGUAAUAACAGACGAUUCCGGAGCUGUUGAUGUCCAUGUUAUUAAUAAGCACUUUUCGGUUGCUGGUCCAAAUGAAUUGGAAAAUAUGGCCUCAUUUCUCAAUACCUUAAGUUAAUUACUGAAACCAUCAUUGUAUCUGUAUUUUAGUUAAUGAGCUUUUUUGUGACGUACUAAAUAUUGUAUGUUUUUUAAGUAAUUCAACACGUUCGCAAGUGAACAAUGUGAACAAAACAAUGUUUUGACUUGGAUGUCAUGUAGGCUUUAAUACUUCAAUAAUGAAAAAUUGACUGUACUUUUUACAUAUGGUCUUCAUAUCAUCAGUAAUAGUCUCUUAGGGGCCAUUCAUAAUUUUCAAUGUUUUAAAAUUUCGAUUUCUUUUCCAAAGAUUUUUGACCCACCCCUAAUUUCGAUUAUAAAACCAUUGAUUUGCUAUGUGCAGUAUUAAAAAUAAAACUACAUGUGGUUGCAUUAUGCAUACUUUAA